AUGAUCCAGUCCAGUCCUUACUACCCGCAGUCAAAUGGUCAGGCAGAAUCCAGCAACAAGAUUUUGGUAAACAUUAUUAAAAGAAUGGUGAUGGACAGUCCGGAGAAGUGGCAUGAAAAGCUGGGAAACACUCUGUGGGCAUACAGAACUUCCAAGUGGGCAGGAACAUGCACAACUCCUUAUGCUUUAACCUUCGGGCAAGAUGCAGUACUUCCCAUGGAGAUUAAUGUAAGUUCUGUCAGAAUUCAAAAUCAGUUCGGAUUACACAGUGAAGAAUACAUCAAAGUCAUGUGUCAAGGGAUUGAAGACUUAGAUGUAGCCCGAAUUGAAGCCCUGAACCAGAUUCAGGAAGGGAAGAAAGUUGUUGCCCGAGCGUAUAACAAAAGGGUGAGAGCAAAAUCUUUUAAAGAAGGAGAUUUGGUGUGGAAAACAGUCCUUCCUCUAAGAGCCCAGGUUAGAGGUUUUGGAAAGUGGAGCCCGACGUGGGAAGCUGGUUUUCCGAGGUCUUCUUGGAUGAGGCCCGAUCAGGUGAUCGAGUUGUGCGGCCAAGACGCGCCUGGUAGGGGACCCUCAAGCAGACUUACCACCACGUGUGAUGGUGAAGCCUGA